AUGACACGAAUCGUAUCGAGAGCUCGCUGUAUCACUACAAGUAGUCGAGCCGAAAAGAUGUCUGCUCGACCGGACCGACAUGAGGCUGCUCGAGAGCCGGGUCGGAAGCUGCUGCAGGUUGCAGGCUUGAGCUUCUUCCAGCGGCCGCUUCUCGCGUGGAGACGAAAGAGUCGUCAUGUUGCUUUCCCAGAUCAGAGUCGGGUGUACCGAUACACGUCGGCUUCUUCCGCGUCGACGCACUCGACCCUUGGUCCUCGCAUCACGGUUCCUGCACAGCGCUCGCCCCGACGACAAGCACAGCUUGCGCUGCGUCGAAGUCUGGCCACCGUCGCUCGCUCCGAUGUCUUUGCCAACAUUUCAGCAGCCGACAUCGAAGCGUUCGCCAAGAUUUUGCCCUCUCCCUCGCAGAUUCUCACGACCAUCUCGCCCGAAUCCGGCUCAGCUGCUUCCUACCAGGCGGUAGAUCCGAGCGAACUCGACACUUUCAACAACGACUGGAUGAACAAGUAUCAUGGCAAAUCCCAACUUGUGCUCAAGCCAAAGACCACAAAGGAGGUUUCGGAGAUCAUGAAGUACUGCCACAGCAAGAACAUCGCCGUCGUUCCACAGGGAGGAAACACAGGUCUUGUCGGUGGCGGUGUGCCUGUGUUUGACGAAGUGAUCAUCCAGCUUGGCGGUCUCAAUCAGAUUCGUUCGUUCGACGAGGUUGCGGGAACGCUCGUCUGCGACGCAGGAUGCAUCCUCGAGAGUCUGGACAACCACAUUGCUGAAAAGGGUUACAUGAUGCCGCUCGAUUUGGGAGCAAAGGGUUCCUGCCACAUCGGAGGCAAUGUGGCGACGAACGCUGGCGGACUGCGAUUCUUGCGCUACGGUAGCUUGCACGGCAACGUUCUCGGCCUCGAAGUCGUGCUUCCGGACGGUACUGUCAUGGACAACCUCUCGACCCUGCGAAAGGACAACACCGGUUUCGACCUCAAGCAGCUCUUCAUCGGAUCCGAGGGUACGAUCGGUCUCAUCACGGGUGUAUCCAUCGUCACCCCGCGUCGACCCUCGGCGAUGAAUGUAGCCGUGUUUGCGCUCGACUCUUACGAAGCGGUGCAGACCGUCUUUGGCCAAGUCAAGAAGCACUGUGGUGAGAUCCUGUCCGCGUUCGAGUUCUUCGACCAGACGUCGUUCGAUGUUGUCCAGAAGCACGCUACAGCACACGUGCGUGAUCCCUUCGAGGCCCGCCACCCUUUCUACGUGCUCAUCGAGACCAGCGGCUCCAACAAGGAUCACGACGACGAGAAGCUUCAGGUGCUCCUCGAGCAUCUCAUGGAGGAGGGCAUGAUUCAGGACGGUGUCCUCGCUCAAGACGAGACCCAAUUGCAGGGCCUCUGGGCUUUGCGAGAGAGCAUCCCCGAAGCAGCAGGAAAGAUGGGUAAGGUGUUCAAGUACGACCUCUCGAUGCCCAUCAACAAGAUGUACGAGCUGGUGCUCGACAUGCGUAAGCGAUUCGACGAGCACGGUGUGCACGGAGAGGGCAAGGAUGUCGGAGCCGUGUGCGGAUAUGGACACAUUGGCGAUGGAAACCUGCACAUCAACAUUGUGGCCAAGUCGUACGACGAAAAGAUCGAGAACAUCAUCGAACCGUACAUCUACGAGUGGACUUCGGAGGUCAAGGGCUCGGUGAGCGCGGAGCAUGGAUUGGGUUUGAUGAAGGCGACCAAGAUCGGGUACUCGAAGACGCCGGAGAGUAUCGAGUACAUGAAGAAGAUCAAGGAUCUGUUUGAUCCGAAGGGUAUUUUGAACCCUUACAAAUACAUUCAGGUGUAG